GCCGCUGUUCCAAGUAAUAGAGCAGAGAUAUGCAAACAUAGGUGUGUAGACCGUUGAGUUGAUGCUAUCUGUAUGGGUUGAACAAACAAAUCUAACAAAACAAAAUUCUAGUGAAUAAGGCUUUUAUCAUAAUCAGGUGCGUCCAGUAAUUGCCAUUAUCUGGGCUUUCAAAAUGAUGGCAACACAUCCAGGUAAUAAAACAAGGGAGAAACGAUGAAACAAAAAGAGUAGACUGGAGUAAAAUAAAAAGGAAGCCGACAAGCCGAAGACUGCAUAAGGCAAGUCACGCCAGCAGGUGGCAGUACGGCGAGAUUACGAUCAAACUCAAAGAAGAAGAAGAAGAAGCAGAAGACGCGGCGGCGCUUCCGCGUUCAAGCGUCUCGACGAGAGCUACAGUCUCGGUAUCUGACAGUGUAAAGUUAAGAGAAAAUAAAAAAUACUCCACAUCAGGCCAAGAAUGACGGACAGGAAACCGUGUAAGGUGUGCAACUUCACACGACAGAAGUCCUACGGAGUGGCGGUCCCCUCCUUGGAGGAGCUGAAGCUGAAAGGGAGUGAGUUUCUCGGGUUCAGUUCUGGUCAGCCUGUCACAGUGGUCCUGGAUAAUGAUGGGACUAUAGUAGAAGAUCAAGCCUACUUUUUGUGUCUACCUUCAGACACAAAGUUUAUGUUGUUGCAUGAAAGAGAGACAUGGUCACCAGUUCGCAGGGUGGAUGGCGGCACGGCCUGGAUGGCUAGGGACUCUAUGUUGUUGGAGGCGGAUACCGUGGACAGCUCCAGUGCUGCCGCACCCUGGCUGGACCUGGCUCGGCAGCUGAAGCAGGACCUUGCCAGCAUCAUCCUCAUGUCUGACGAAGACUUACAGACACUAGUGGAUGCUCCGAGCACGGAGCUGGCCUCCGCUGUGGGCUUCCAAGAGAAGAAGGCCGAGGAACUGCAAGAGACACUGCAGCAGGUUCUGGACCGACGGGAGGAGGAGAGGCAGUCUAAGGAGUUGCUCCAGCUCUACCUGAAAGCUGUGGAGAAAGAGGGCGGACAGCAGGCAGACCAAAGCAAGCCCGGACAGGAAAAGGCUGAGGAUCCGGAGGUGGAGACGGUGGAGGUGGACUCUGGAUUCAUGUCCAGGACACUAAUGGUCCUGAAAGGCAAAACCAGCCCAGAGACCAGACUCUCCACUGAGGAGCUGCAGAUGGUUGUAACGAGAGGGGUGGAAGCUAUGGAGCGCGUGCUAGGCUUGGACAGAAUCAAGACUUCUGCGCUGCUGCAGGCCUGUGAAGCCGAGCUGACCGAACGUCUCCAGCAGAUUCAGGCGGUGCAGUCCAUCAGGAGCAGUGCACAGCUGGACAGCAGCCGGGGGUCCAGCUAGCAGAGAGAGCACGGGGGAGGGACGCAAGAUCCUGGGCAGCAACCGGGCCGGGGCUUCACCGGAGAAGAGACUGUUAAGAAUGCAGCCAAACUGCCCCAGGGUCAGAAGAAUGGGAUUUACCUUGUGUUUGAUAAUAGUGUCCAUAAUCCUGGGAUCCAUCAAUGUUGGUGAUGUUGGCUUUCGCAUCAUUUUGUAGAACUUGCAAACCACUUUAAUGCUUUCGCCGGGAUAGGAAGCCAUGUUUUUCAAAAGACAUACUUGCGUAACCAAUGGCAUCAACUUUCUAAUGGCUCCUUAUUUUGGUGAGUGCCGAGCUGUGAAAAGAAUCACAAAUAAACAAAUGCAUAUGGAAAGCAAAGCAUUUGGUGAAAUAUGACCAAUCGCUAUGGUUUCUUGUUUAGCUCAGAAGAUGCAUACUUUUUAAAUGAGUUAUUGUUUACAUUCUGUUCCCUCUUUUACAUCAUGCCAGACGGAAGAUGUGCACUGCAUUUUGUUAAAGAGUAAAUCUAAUCAUAGGUGAGGUGAAUAUAAACUUUUGUAUCUGUUUGAAAGAAUAUUUGCGCUUUCAAUGAAAUUACAUUUAUCUUGAGUAAAUGGGACCUUUUGGGAAAUUUAGAGUAGAAUUGUGUUUCUCAAUCAGCUGGAGGUUUAAGGGCCGCUAUUAGACCCAAAUAAGGCGUUACGUGAUGAAAAUAAAAAGACCUGCCUACAAGUUUACGUCAACAUUAUUUUAUUAUCAUUUCCAUUAUUAUCUACUAUGUUUUCAAAAUUGAUGUGUCAGGGUUGUGUGAUGUAAGGCGCUGGGUGCAGGUUGUGUUACUCUGGUUGUGUUUACGUUACGCAGUGUCUCCCUGCCGUUUCAUAACCUGUAAGACUUGUCACAUGUCAGCAUUCACACUCGAAUUGAAACACACACAACAAAUGUUACAUAUAGGAAUUGCUCUUCAAGCGUACAGGCUGUGAUUUAAGGUGUCUUUUAUAAUCAUGUUGAAUAGUGGUAUGCAGGAUUUACUAAACAUAACCAGCCCUGAAGCUUUUGCCACUUCUCUUGUUUAUAAGAGAUUUCACAGACAUGAGCCAUUCUUGAGCCAAAUUAAGUUUUGGGCUGGAAGCUUGAAGCUGUUCUUUUUGGGAAUAAAAUUUUGAUUCCCUAAAAUACGGAUUCAUGAAUGUUUUGUCAGAAUUAAUAAAAGUGUUUUUCCAAUGUGAGCCUCCUGUAUAUUUCUCUCCUCGCAUGUAAU